UGGUCAUCCUUUUCCGUUGCCAAUUUCUUUUCUUUUCUUUUUUUUGUAGUUCGUCUCGUCACCAUGGGCUCAUGGGACUGUUACUGUGCCAUUUGUGCCGGCCCCAUAGGCAGGGCCAGAAUCGCCAAGCGAUCUCGUCGUGCCGAAACCGGUGAAGAGAACAUUCCGACACUUGAAAUGCCUGAUACACUUAUCGAGCUUCCCGCGGAGUAUGAGCGCUGGUUGGAUGAUAGCGAUCAUAGCGACGACUGGGAUGAGGAUGAGGAGGACGACCAGGAAAUGACGGACAUCGAGGAUGAAAACGAAAACGAGGUGGAACCUGAAGGGGAGGGAGGAGGAGAAGGGGAAGCCCAAGUGACGGAAGAAGGCGUGAUUACAUCUGCUGUCUCGGUGGACAACGAGGUUGAAGACCGCGGCGAGGGGGAGAAAAAGAAGGAGGAACAAAAGGAGGAAGAGGAGGACGAACAAGACGAACAAGGCGAAGAGGACGAAGACGAGGACAGAUUCGGAGACGACUUUGAUGGCUACGAUCCCGCAGUUCUUCGCCGCCGAGACAAAGCGUGGGCAACAAUGUGCCACGUCCUGGGGUUCAACUCGAAAGCACCAGGCACCAGCAAAGCCUUCGUCACUGGUCCUGGCGUCUCCCAGGAGUACGGCGGCAUCGACGUCCAGCUAGGCUCCGACCCUAAUGCCCAAGACCUCGACACAGGCGAUUUCCAUUGUUACUGGCACUGGGAAAAAGGAGACCCUGUAUUUCCUUUCCACUGGCCAUGCUACGAACUCCUCGUCCUCGUGUUGACCGGCGCUCGCGACCCUAGCGCCAUUAACAAGGAUGUCCUCUACAGCGUCAUGCGUUCCAUCUCCCCCCCGCUCGGCAGCGUUCUGGGAUUGUGUUACAGCGAGCCUGAUGCCGACCCCAAGAUCGACCCCGAGCUGGAGCAAUACUGGGAGUCCAGGCCCGGCCAGGAGCUUCUUCUCGCGUCCCCUGCUCGCUCCGAAGGACUACGCUACGUCGUCCUCGACGAUCUGAGCCGUCGUGAUUUCAACCUAUUACCUGCCACGGACCCCGGCCUGGCCCGGAAAUCCCAGGGGGAUUGUUUCGCUCGACUGCCAUGGGAGAUCGUCUACUACAUCCUUGGCUUUAUUAGUGACGACUCCCUUUUUAAGCUUCUCCAGGCAUCUCACUUUAUCCACUCUUCAUUGCACCGCGAUGCCACUUUUUGGAAAAGCCGCAUCUCGACCAAGCUGCCUUGGUUCUUCGAACUACACCACUUCCUCCAGAACGACCCUUCCGCCUCAACCAAGGACAUGAAGGGUCUGUAUCUCUGGGCCCGACACGUCACGAAGCCUCGCUUCGGCAUGACCGGCCCCUACAUGGCGAUCGCCAACCGUCGCCGCAUUUGGGGUGCGUGCCAGCAGCUUGCAGACCUCUACUGGCCCAAUCUCCCGCCCCCCUCCGCGGCGCCGCGACCCACGGAUCUUUCUAUCCGAACCCGCACCUCCAACCCUCAUAUGUCGGUGGUAUCAUGCCCGAUCGUCGGCCGCGAGGACCUCCGGAAUGCCUUCUGGCUUCUCUCCUGGGAGGAAAACCGGCACGAGAAACUGGUGGAGGCAUUCUGGGAUGCUGAUGGCUAUCUCGUUGGCAUGUCGGUUGCACCGAAAGGCUCCCCCCGACGACUGUUCGGACUCGAUGAUUCCGUCGAAGGCGUUAUUGUUGGCUCCGUCGAUCUCGACAAGUCAGUCUGGAUAGCCGGCAUAGACCUUCAUAUUCCGCCCCUGGACCUUUCGAACGUCAGUUGGGCCCGUCGUUUGAACUCCCCCGACGAUCCCUUCGUGGAGCCAUCUACCUCGCCCAAAGGCGUCACUAUUCACAUGUCGGAUGGCUUGGCAGUUUGGCUCGGCGACGUGAACAGAGAUUACUGCAUACGCCCAUUGUGGCCCGCGGAAGGACACUCCGUCGUCGGUGUCAAUGGGACGAUUGGGUCGAUCAAGGGCAAAGAGCGCAUCCUACGGCUCGGAAUUCUCCAAGCGCCCCAAAUAGGUGUAGCUUCGACGCCAGACAAAGCCGAACCCCCGCUCCAGAGGAGAUGUCUCUGGAGGGAGGACUUCUACUACCACGCGGAGGGCCUGAGAAUGGUGCCCGUCGGCGAAACAGAGACAACCAACUCGGACUUCCACCUCGACCUCCUCCCAUACCACACGUUCAGGUGGAGCCAGGAUGAGCGGGAUCUGAAGCGUCUGAAACGGCUCACGGCGCAGUUCAUCCCGGCAGGGACUGUGUCGAGGCCCGGCUCAGACUUUUCCUUCGAAAUUACGCAUGGUCUAUGUAACAUGCGAGCGGAAUACGAUGUCCUUCCUCACGAUGCUCGGCCAGUAGCGAGACACGCAGACAUCGACGGGACGCCUUUUCCCGAGACGGACCUCCGGCAUUUCAACAUUGAUGGACCGGGAGGCGAACGUGUCAUAGCGGUCUCUGCAGUGAUGUCUGACCGGGUCGUGAUGGGUCUCAGUCUUGAGACCAACUUUGGCCGGAAGGUUAUGUGGCAGACCGAAGAGGAUGUGGGGAGCGAUUGGCAACGAGUUACACAUGGCGAGGGCGAGUACAUCGCGGGCCUGGCUCUCUGUUUUGGGAAGGUAUGCGGGUAUGAUCUGGAGCCCAAGAAAAGCUACAAGAACACGGAGCUGAGUGCUGUGGCGGUGCUGAUGCUACCAUGCCAUAGCGGUACUGGAACCGCCCAGUUUCGAGAAAGCAGCGUCGGGGGCUCCCCUUAGCCCUUAAACCCGUCAGAUGGGGCUCGGUGGGUUGGGUUACUGGCCGUUGGCAGAAGCCCCCUACCAGGAGCAGCCGGCAGACGACGCCGGCGGCGGAAAUCAACCAGCAGAAGCUGCGUGUAAGGCUCUCCUGCUGAUGAUUUCGACCUUUGCGCCUGUUAGCAAUGGAGUAUUUCCGGCAUUUUGUGUAUAUUUUUCCUGUUCUCCGAGUUUGCAUCUUUCAUAAUAUGCGAGCU